CGUCGCUGGGCGUGUCCUCUCGGGCGGAAGCCCGGGAAGCGCAUCCCAGGAGAGCUUGUGUCCCAGAUCUUGCUGUUCACAGCCGGUUGAGCUGGGGGGUAGGGGGCUAAUCAGGGGUCCCCUAAUCCUGCUUAGGCUCCUAGUGGCGUCUAGCUUCGGAACAGCAGCUAAACAGGCAGGGUCUGGUGCUCGGGUUGUCCGUUCUUCCCUUUCUUCCUCGCCACUCUUGAGCUGUCCUACAGGACCCAGGGAUCUGCAGGAGGGACCUGAGCCGCGGCGCGAGGAUGGGAAACAGCGCCCUCCGCGCUCAUGUGGAAACCGCGCAAAAAACCGGUGUCUUUCAACUUAAGGACCGCGGGCUGACUGAGUUCCCUUCAGAGUUGCAGAAGCUGACGAGCAAUCUCAGGACCAUCGACUUAUCCAACAACAAGAUAGAGAGCCUACCGCCCAUGAUUAUAGGGAAGUUCACUCUGCUGAAGAGCCUCUCCUUGAACAACAACAAACUGAAUAUUCUCCCUGAUGAGUUACACAAUCUGAAAAAACUAGAGACACUAAGCUUAAACAACAAUCACUUGAGAGAACUGCCCUCUACCUUUGGGCAACUGUCUGCCCUCAAGACCCUGAGCCUCUCUGGAAACCAGCUACGAGCACUACCACCCCAACUUUGUAGCCUGCGGCAUCUGGAUGUGGUGGAUCUCUCCAAGAACCAGAUUCGGAGCAUACCUGACAUAGUGGGGGAGCUGCAGGUCAUCGAACUUAACCUCAACCAGAAUCAGAUAUCUCAGAUUUCAGUAAAGAUAUCUUGCUGUCCUCGUCUUAAAGUUCUUCGUCUGGAAGAGAACUGCCUUGAACUCAGCAUGCUUCCACAGAGCAUCCUCAGUGAUUCCCAGAUCUGCCUGCUUGCUGUGGAAGGCAACCUUUUUGAAAUAAAGAAGCUUCGAGAACUAGAAGGCUAUGAUAAGUAUAUGGAGAGGUUCACGGCCACCAAGAAGAAGUUUGCAUGACGUUCUCCAUAAGCAUGGGAAUCCUCGUAGAACAUUUGGAACCUGUUGCAACUGGCUCAAUCAAAGGCUCUUACUGUUGUCAAGGAUAUCUGCAGUAAGGAGCUGAUACUUCAGGAGAUUAUGUUUUAUUUGAUCUUUUUUCCUUUCCAGGACUUAUCUGAAAUAAGCUAAAAGGAAUCAACAGGAAAUUUACCCUUUUGAGGCAUGGAUAGGGCAGUGGACAAUGUUGAUCUUCAAAAUCAUCAUUAGUUUGGCUUUGAGAAGUCAAUAGCUAGUUGCUAUUUAUACAGUGAGGAGGGGAUGCUGCCUGCUAAUAGCUCCAAUACCACAGCUUGAAAUUUCAUGUUUAGUUUCAACGUGUGAGCUUUCACAAAAUUAGCUGCCAUCCCACUUCUGUUGACAUUUCACGUUUUUAUGAAAUUCAAGUAACUUGUCAGAGGCUGCUAUGGUAAUCUAAGGAUUUGUGUUUUAUGCCAGUCCAUCCGUUCAACUAUAGUAUUUAUACUUUGACUUUAGGGUCUAUAUAAAUAUGUGAGUGUCUUGAGUAAAAGUGUACUUUGUCGGAGAAGCACCAAUACAACACUAAGAGAUGGAUCCCAAGGCUGCAGUAGCAAAUUCUUUACUAUUGCAGGUGCCUUAUUGGUAGAGGGCUUGGAGAGCUAAAACCAUAUAUGCAAAAUUUGUAAGAUAAAAAAGAAUUUAAUAAUCAAGAUUUUCCUGAAGCUUUGUUAGAAAUAAUGUCUUAUUUCUGGUAAUCCUUUUCCUCUUUUUGUAUUUAUAAGUCUACUAAUCAAAUUAUCAAAAAACUACUGCAAUUAUUUUAAAACAACCUAUGUUUAUCAAGUUUAUUCUCUGAAUGAGAGAAUAUACCAAAUAAAGAAUUUUUAAUGAA